AUGGAGUUAGGAGAAUUGUGGGUAUUGAAUCGCCGGAGACAAAUAGGCGGCGGUUACAACUCAUCAGGGAGGAAGAGACGGCGGUUCAAGGUACAUUUAAGAGUUCAAGAUGAAACCGGUAGUGUGUCUUUUGUGAUGUUUGAUAAAGAUGUAACGAAGAUCAUUGGUUCAACUGCGAGUGAUAUAAGGGAACGCCAAGUGAAGGCCAAUGAUACUGAAAGUAAUGGUAAUGCUCUUGAGGUUGCUGAUGAGGUGUUUAGUCAAGAAGGUUCAGAAAUCAAAGCUGUUCAAUUAUCUGAAUCCUCACAGAUGGCUGGUGCUGCUAUUUCAAAGGAUGUUGUAUCUGUUACUGCCGACUCUUCCGUUGUCGAAACCGAGAAGGAUUCGGGUACCAGUCCCAAUGGUAAACGUUCGUUGCAGGAGGUGGAAGGACAAUCCGAAAAUGCUAAUUAUGGUGUGCAUGACUCUAGAAAGAGGAAACAAAGAUUCAAAACGAUGGAUAUAAGUAAAUUUGAUUUAUCUAUUGUAGCUGAUGAAAGGAGGACGUCUUCAAUGGUCACACCACUUGCAUCAUCCAAUCAUCAUACUGAGAGCAGCCCUCUAAUGAAUAUUACAAACUUGGAUCGCGUUACAGUAAGUUCCCAUCGAAGUCAUAUUCCAACUCCUCCGAAUAUUGAUAUUAGAACUUCUCGACGUUUGCCAAAGUGUUCCAUAGUAGGCAUUAAUGGAAAAGAAAACUCCUACCCUGGUGAAAGGUCUAACUUUGAUGAUUCCAAUUCCUCUGAUUGUUUACCAUCUUCUAUCCUAAAAAACAUUUCCGGAAUUGCAAGAGAAUAUGUUGAUCAUGGAGAUGCUAUUUUUGUAUGUUCUUACUGUCAUGCAAUGCUUUGGAAAGAUGAAAUGCUUAGGGGUAAUUUGGAUUCUAAGAAAUCUGCUUUUUCUCUUUGUUGUUCGUACGGAGACGUUGAAUUGCCUCCCUCACCUGUUCCUCCUCCGUUGCUCGAAAGGUUUUACAGAAGAGGCUCUCUUGAAAGCCGCAAUUUCAUGAAUAAUAUUCGAGCAUAUAACAUGAUGUUUUCCUUCACAUCUCUUGGUGGCAAGGUUUCUAAAAGUUUUCAAAAAAGCAAAGGUCCUUAUGUUUUCGGAUUACAAGGACAAAAUUACCAUCGCAUUGGUAGUCUGCUACCAAAUGAGGGUGAAGAGCCCAAUUUUUCACAGCUUUAUAUUUAUGAUUCCCAAAACGAGGAUUUUAACCGUCAAAAGGCUGUAAGUGUCGAGGAAGGUUCGAAAACAACUACUAAACAAGUGCUUGAUCUUGCCAUCAUAUCCAGUGUUAAAAAAGUGUUGGAUUCUUGUAAUCCACUUGUGAAGUCAUUUAGAAUGGUACGAGAUUGUUUUAAAGAAAAUGACUGGCAAAAUGUAAGACUCAAGCUCAUUGGAACAAGGGAUAAGGAUGGUAGAAUUUUUAACUUGCCUACAGCUGAAGAAAUUGCUGCAUUAAUAAUUGGUGAUUUUGAUGGAGCCUUUGAUAAAAGGGAUAUCAUAGUUCAAACAAAAUCAGGCGGUCUUCAGAGAAUUACUGAGCUUCAUCCCUCUUAUUUUGCAUUGCAAUAUCCACUUAUUUUCCCGUAUGCAGAAGAUGGAUUUAGACUUGGUAUUAAACAUCGAGGUGUUUCAGUUGAUUGUGAUAUACUUAGAACCAGCACCACAAUGAGAGAAUUUUUUAGUUACAGAAUACAAGACAGACCCAAACAAUUUUCGUUGUUACUCAAUGCUCAAAAGCUAUUCCAACAGUUUGUGGUUGAUGCUUAUACAAUGAUAGAAUCUGCACGGUGUUUAAAAGACAAACGGCUGAAUCCUCAAGACAGACCAGAUAUUAUCGCACGGUUAUUCAAAAUUAAAAUCAAUAAUCUAAUUCAAGAUUUCAAGAAACAUAAAUUCUUUGGUGAGAUACAAGCAAUUAUUUAUACAAUCGAAUUUCAGAAACGUGGUCUACCUCAUGCUCAUAUAUGUUUAUCCUUAAGUGCCGAGAGCAAGUUUCCAACUGCUAAAGAAAUUGAUUUGGUUAUUAGUGCUGAAAUACCUGACAAAGAGACGGAUGCUGAACUGUAUGAACUUGUCAAACAGUUUAUGAUCCACGGUCCGUGUGGUACAGACAACCCUCAUUGUCCAUGCAUGGUUUAUUUAAAAUGUUCAAAGAAGUUUCCGAAAAAGUAUGUAGAUGAGACUUGUGUUGAUUCUGAAGGAUAUCCUAUCUACCGUCGUUGGCAAACAUGUAACACUAUAGAAAAAAAUGGUGUGUUGCUUGACAAUAGGUUUGUAGUUCCAUACAAUGCUAUGUUACUUAAAAAGUAUCAGUGCCACAUAAAUGUUGAGUGGUGUAACCAAACAGGAUCCAUCAAAUAUUUGUUCAAAUACAUUAAUAAGGGUCCGGAUAGAGUGACAGCUUCUGUUUACCAAAGUACGACAACUGCUGACGUGAACAAGGAAAAUGAGGAAAUGGCUAAUAAUCAAAAUCGGUCAAACAAAAUAGAAGUAGAUGAAGUUAAAGCAUAUCUUGAUUGUAGAUAUGUUUCAACGUGUGAAGCUGCUUGGAGAAUCUUCAGUAACCCAACUGUGAAAAUGACUAUGUUUACAGAAUGGAUGAAAUGUAACCAAACGGAUGCAUUCGCUAGAACAUUGAAGUAUAUAGAGUUUCCAAGACACUUUGUAUGGAUACGCAAAGAACGAAAGUGGAUUCGUAGAAAAAGACCUUUUGGUGCAGUUGGUAGGAUACAUUAUGUACCUCCAUCACUUGGACCAAUGAGUUUUGAUGAUAUAAAAACCGUUGAUGGAAAAAUUUAUCAAACCUUUAAAGAUGCAUGCCUCGCUCACGGUCUGUUGGACGAUGAUAAUGAGUAUAUAAUUGCCAUGAAGGAAGCAAGCACAUGGUCCACUUCUUUAACUGAUGAACAGCAAAAAGUGUAUCAAACCCAAAAAGUGUAUCAAACCGUCAUGAAUCCAGUUGCUAAAGGAAGUGGAGGUGUUUUCUUUCUAUAUGGUUACGGUGGAACUGGUAAAACAUUUCUCUGGAAAACAUUUGCAGCUGCGUUACGUUCCAAAGGUGAAGUUGUUUUGAAUGUUGCAUCCAGUGGUAUUGCAUCACUUCUAUUAGAUGGCGGUAGAACAACUCAUUCCAGAUUUGAUUGUCAGUUACUCAAACUAACUGAAAACAAGAGGUUAAAAGUCGGUAAAAAAGCAAGUAAUCUUCACGAGACCAAGGAAUUUGCUGAAUGGAUUUUACGCCUUGGUGAUGGUCUACUUGGUGAUCCAAAUGAUGGAGAGGUGGAAAUUGAAAUUCCAGAUGAUCUACUUAUACUAGAUGAAGUCAAUCCUAUAUCUUCAUUGAUCUCAUUCACAUAUCCAGAUAUGCAAAACUUUUUGUGGGAUUCAAAUUACUUUCAACAAAGAGCCAUUCUUGCUCCCACAAAUGAUGUUGUUGAUUCAAUUAAUACAGGACUGUUAAAUAGUAUCAUUGGUGAAGAGAAGAUAUAUCUAAGUUCGGAUACUUUAUGUGAGACUGAGCAACAAACCGACCUUAACAUGGCAUUGUUUCCUCCAGAUGUGCUAAACAAAAUGCAUUUGUCAGGAUUACCUAACCAUAAAUUGGUUCUUAAGGUUGGAGCUCCGGUAAUGUUACUUAGAAACAUUGAUCAAACAAAUGGUUUGUGUAACGGUACACGACUUCAAGUAACAAAACUUGGAAAACUUGUAAUUGAAGCAAAGAUUAUUACCGGAACUAAUAUAGGUCAUCAUACUUUGAUUUCAAGAUUGAAAAUGACACCAAGCGAUAAAAGAUUACUGGUGAAAAUUGCACGAAGACAGUUCCCACUAUCCCUAUGCUUUGCAAUGACCAUCAAAAAAAGCCAGGGACAAUCACUUGAACGUGUAGGACUAUAUCUUCCACGUCCGGUUUUUAGUCACGGACAACUAUACGUUGCUGUAUCUCGAGUAAAGAGCAGGAGUGGUUUGAAGAUUUUGAUAUGUGACAGAGGAAAACAAGUGUGUAAAACCACAACUAACGUGGUCUACAAAGAAGUUCUACAAAAUCUAUAG